AUGGCCACUGGCUUUAGGCGACAACAGCGUAGAUACAAGGUGUUGGUCAUCCUCUUGACCAACCUCUUGACAUUCGGCUACUUGUUCCACUCUGAAAACUCCAGACUAUCACCGUCCUUGGACGUGCCAGGCGGACACGAGGCGCCAUGUCCGUCGUCCCCCAACCUCGACGACAUCGUCGUCGUCAUGCGCACCGGGGCCACGGAAAUCCACCAAAAGCUACCCGUGCAACUGGACACAACACUGCGCUGCUUGACUGACCUCUUGAUCUUCUCCGACUACGAAGAGACGGUGCGGGGCCAGGUGGUGCGCAAUGUGCUGCAGCACGUCAACGAGACGCUCGUAGCGCGGGAGCCCGACUUUGCCAUCUAUCGACACUUGCAGCAGCUGGGGAGGGAAGGGCUGGCGAAUACGACGUUUGAAGGCAGCAGUGCGCAGGGGUCUGAUAAUCCGGGCUGGAAGCUAGAUCGGUUCAAGUUCUUGCCCAUGAUGGAGGAGACGCUGCGCCAUCGGCCGAAUGCGAUGUGGUAUGUCUUUGUGGAGCCGGACACCUAUCUGCUGUGGCCGAAUCUGAUCGACUACCUGGCUACGAUGGAUGCGAGCGAGGCGCUGUAUCUUGGCCGCCGCAUGUAUAAUCUUGCAAGCCCUGUGCCCUUUGCCUACGGCGGAUCUGGCUUUAUUCUUUCCCAGCCUGCGCUGCAGCGGAUUGUGGAGCAUAGAAACGCAUAUCUGGACGACUAUGAUCGGUUCACGGUGAAGGAAUGGGCGGGCGACUUUGUGCUGGGCAAACUGGCGCAAGAUGCCGGUAUACCAUUCAAAAGGGCCCUCUCGUUGCAGAGAGAACCAGUUUCAGAGGUCGACCCGUUGGCUCUACCGGAGAACCAGUCUCUCUGGUGCCUUGCGCCGGUUUCCUAUCAUCAUAUGCAUGUUGACGCCAUUGCCGACCUGUACACCUUUGAGCAGACCUGGCGGCGCCAGAACCCAGGUGCGCAGCUACAGUACAGACAUAUCCUUCGGGAGUACAUAGUCCCCAAACUCAGCGACGACGACGUCUCUGGCUGGGACAAUCUUUCCAGCGACACGCAGCCCUUGGGCGACGCCAUUCCGACAGACUCGGCAGCAGAUUGCAGGAGACAAUGUCAAGCCAACCCGGACUGCCUCCAGUACUCCCACCUACACGGCGACUGCCACAUCGCCACCCGAGUCCGACAUGGCCGGAAACUGCCCCAGGAGGCGGGCCACGAGGCUAUGCGCUCGGGCUGGAUGCGAGACAGAAUCCUACGGUUUGCAGACGCCAUAGACAUGACGUGUGACGACGAGGAUGCCCGUCCGGAAGGCAACGGAAAUAGAGGCGAUGUGUCAGACUUGAUUCUUUAG